GCAUAUCCGUUUUGUUUUUCCAAUAUUUAUUUUGGAGACUCAUCUCUAUACAAUUUUCAAGAAGUAUGAAUAGUAGACUAACCCUUAUUUUAUGACAACGAAAAACAGAGUGAUGACCGAACAGGCGGGAAUAGGUGGACAAGUUUGGAUGUUUAAAAAAAAUAUGGACAUGAUAGGGCAUUUAUGAAAAGGACACAUUUGGAGUCCUACACAAGCUAGACAUGUUUGGGCAUACAAACACACGAAGACAUUGGAGAAUUGGACACAGUUGAAGGGAAGGACAUGUUUCUAAGUGUUAAAGAUAUAAUGAUUAUGUAUAGGCAAUAUUCAUUAAAUGGUAUUCAGUCAAAGAAUUUGAAUUAUGUUUGUGGAAUUUGUGAUCUCUCAUUUUGGAAGAAAUCAGAACUAGAAUCACAUUUGAUUGUACAUAAUAAUGGAAGUAAACAUUAUAGGUGUGAGGAGUGUGGGAAAUCUUUUGUGCAAAGUGCUACACUAAAAAGACACAUUAGACUUCACACUGGAGAUAAGUUGUUACAGUGCAAGGUCUGUGAUAAAAUAUUCACUGUACCUUGUUAUUUGAAAAAGCAUGAAAAAACUCACCUCAAUGAAAAACCCUACAUUUGUGACAAAUGUGGGAAAAGCUUUGGCCAUAAGGGUGACUUGCGGCGACAUGAAAGAAUUCAUUCUGGUAUUAAACCACAUAGUUGUGAUAAUUGUGGUAAAUGCUUUCAACAGCGAAAUUCUUUGAUCAAUCAUAUAAGGACACAUACUGGUGAAAAACCGCAUAAGUGUUUGACAUGUGGACAAUGUUUUACAGCUCGCCCAACUUUAGUCAGGCAUAUGGCAGUUCACAACAGUAUCAGAAGUCAUCAGUGUGAUUUAUGUGGGAAAGGUUUUGUCAGAAAAGGUGAUUUAGUCCGCCAUAUCAGAACUCACAGCGGUGAAAAACCAUUCUCAUGUAGUGUCUGUGAUAAAUCAUUCUCACAAAGUCAGGACAUGAAAGUUCAUAUGAGAAUUCACUCUGGUGAGACACCAUUCCCUUGCUCAGUUUGUAACAAAAGUUUUUCUUCCAUCAGUUUAGUGCAACGCCAUAUGAGGGGUGUUCAUAAUGAUGAAGCAUUAUUUGAAUGUCUUAUUUGUGGAAAAAAUUAUAAAUACAGACAAAGUUUGCUUGUUCACAGUAAAGUACAUUUUCAAGGAAUGUUUCACAAAUGUUUGGUGUGUGGUUUAGAAUUUAAACAUAAAUCUUCACUAAAAAGACAUGAGCUGAAACACGAAGACUUAAUCUCUUUUACCUGUAAAAUUUGUAAUCAGAAUUUUUGCAGUGAGGAAAAGUUCUUUUUUCAUCAAAAAUCUCAUGAUGAUGAUAGGACAUUUUAUGAAACACUUAAAGCAGACGUAUAUGAACAUUUGGAAAUGCAAAAUACAUCAAACAAUGAACAAUCAGAUAAAUCAUUGAAGGAAGAAAAGGAACAUUUAUUUACAUGUACCGAGAGCUUAAAAUAGCAACCAGUAUUAAUUUUUUUGUCUCACUAUUUUAUUCAUAUCUGAACUUUAUUACUCAACUCAAGAUUUCCUGGGUUAUUUUUUUCAUGUAAAUUUUAUGCUCAGUGUUGUGAAUGUAGUCUGAAAAAAUAAAAUUCAAAUUAAUCAUGUUAA